CCGACUGCCGCGCCGCGAGCACGCUUUGUGAUGCGCCCCGCGUGUUGACGCGACAUGGCCUCGUCCACGACCAGUAACAUCGUCGUCGAGUGGUUGCGAUCCCUGCACUUGGGCCAGUACGCAGAAAGUUUUAUAGAUAAUGGUUAUGAUGACUUGGAAAUUUGUAAACAAGUCGGAGAACCCGAUUUGGAUGCAAUUGGAGUUCUCAACCCUGCUCAUCGUCAAAGACUGUUACACUCUGUCCGAUCUUUGAGAGAAGAAGGUGCUGCGGCUGUCUACUUUACAUUGGAAGAGGCAGCUGCAGCCAGAGAUACUUGUCGAUGUGAAGAAGAGACCAGGAAGGAGCAAGCUUCGGCAACCGUAGAGCCGACAAAGUACGCUGACGAAUAUGAAGAAGGAAAAGCUGAACUUGUGAAGAUACCACGGAUUCAAUUGAAGCGGCUUCUUCGGGAGCGUCUCGCUCAAGAUGGAAUUCGUCUGAGCUUGCAGCCUUAUUCAACAACGGAUGGCGAUAGAGGUUACCUGGAAGGCCUCGCAUCGCGCUACGCAGACUUAUUUUCAACGCACUAUGGUGACGUUUUGGAUCAUCUAGAAGAGCUGAGAAGACACGAAUGGGAGGAGAUGUCGCCGAGGAUGAGGGUCCUUGGAGGACCAGGGACUCCACAGACACCACCAUCUGCAAGCCCUGGGUCAUUGGCCUUAAACAAUCUGACCACGUCACAUUCACAACCGAUUUAUGUGCCUGGAAAAUAUUCGUGUUCUUCUUGUUCGCAGCCGUCAAGUUGCCUCACCGACAAGGAAGAAGACGAAAUUUACGGGUUCGGCUACGGUGUGUUCGGCAAACAGAUGUUGCAACGACAACAGCAACAGAAACAACUGUUGUUGGCGCAACCCACACAACCCUUGAUGCAUAAUCAACAACACAACUAUCAAAGUUGCCUAAGUCCACGGUCUGCGUACUUCUAUGAAUUCCCGCCUAGUGAUAACUGCCUGGGCACCGCAAAAAAGAAGGUGACCACAUUUUCAAGACUGCUUCGGGGGCUGAAGUCUCACAGAAAAGAAAAGCAUGGCUCCUGUUCGCCGAAACACACUCACAGUCCUCGACAAGUGUUGCCGCCACAAAGGGUCGACACUCCAGACAGCGUGCUCCAAAGUGGCCUAGGUCUGGGCCCUGGGCCUGACACAGUGUUGAGGUCAAUGAUCGACCCCAGGGACUAUGAUCGCCUCCGCUCCUUACAAAUGAGUGCCGCCCAACCAAACACCUUUGAGGAAACUAUUCAUAGGUUAAAAGUCCAAGAAGCAAUGAAGAAAAAAGACAAACUUGCUAGAGAGCAAGAAGAGAUUCUACGAGAUAUCAGACAUGGCCUUAUGAAUAUGGGAAGAGACGGCGUUAGAGGCCCUUUCGGAGACGACACGUAUAUGUACGACGAUGAAGCGAGAGGUCUAACCGGAAGAGGUCAUUGGUAUGACGAACCCCCAUACGAGAGUGAUCCAGAAGACUUUCUCAUGGGAGGAGGUGCGCCAGCAGCGACCUUUCAGAAUGGACGUGUCUGUUUCACGCUGAACCUUCGCAAUGAGCCGAGAGGUGAAGGUGUUAUAUCACUAAGAAGUGCCGGAGAUAUAAGUUUAGCUAGAGCUCCCAGACGAGGUUUAAUAAUUCCGCAAAGCGGCCCCUUCCCGACCACAGUGAUCCCGUUACGGACUGCAAGAGAUCGAGAGAGUGGGGAUUAUGCGGCGUCCGACAUACAGUCAAUAGGUUCUAGAUUAUCCGGCAUUUCAUUAGAAUCAAGUCGAUCUGAGAGGGAUUCCAGGCGGGGUUACAGACAAAUGUCAGGCUAUCGGAUAGGUGUUGAUCCAUUGUCACCCGCUUCGUCAGACUACGAAGAUCAGGAAAGCGAAACUGAUUCUCAACAUAUAGCAACAGUACAUAAGUCAGCAGAGGAUUGUGAAGGUGUGUCCAAUUUAGCCGGAAAAGUAAGAGGACUAAGACAGGAUGUUCAAAGAAAAAUUUCGAGAUUACGACAAGAGCGGGGUCCUGAAGGCACCGACCGGCGAACUAGUGGUGAUCAAGCAUUCCCAUGUUCUAAUAGUUCUUUCGAAAGUCUUCCCAGCGGAUCAGGCAGUAGCACACAAGCGUUGGUACGAGCCGGUAGUAAUCACUCAUCUCUCUCGGCAGAAGAAAACAUAGAAUUAAGUCCAGCCGGGCGGAGUUUGCUAGUGCCGCAAAUGCUGUGUCGGGCCCGCGCACUCGUCGAUUACGUACCCAAUAUUUACGAGAAAGAAGCCUUAAGAUAUAAGAAAGGAGACAUCAUAGAAGUUAUCAACAUGAAUGCUUCUGGUAUUUGGCGAGGUGUUUUGAACAAUAAAGUUGGAAAUUUCAAAUUUGCUAACGUAGAAGUAUUGUCUGAUAGAGAUACGAUUCGAUCAAGAUCAUCAAAAUGGUGCAAAAGUCGUGAAAGACUUUGGGAAACUAGACCGAGGACUGUUGAAGAAUUGUUAAGGAGGAUAGAUUUACCAGAAUACACUGUAGCAUUUGCAAGAAAUGGAUAUGAAGAUAUAGAACUAUUUAAAGAAAUAGAACCAUCAGAUUUAGAUUAUCUUGGCAUUAUGACCCCUGAACACCGUACGCGUAUUUUAGCCGCUGUGCAACUGCUGCACCAACUUGAAUGUGGCGAAGGUGACGGAGAAGGAGAGGGAGGUGGUUCCAGUUCAGAAGGUGGAGAGUCGCCAUUUGGCCGGCGCCAGUUUCCUCGAGACUCUGGAUGCUACGAAGCGAGCGUAACGGGUGGAGUCCGUGUUCGAACUUCACCUUUGGUACACAGAGCUGAUGAGCCUUCACAUAGGCCACCUGACCCUGCUCCUCAAGCGAAGAGAUCAGUUAGACGUCGACAGCCCGAUGACGCCGAAUGUGAUAGAAUCGAACGAUAUCCAGGAACGGUGGGGGAAAGAACGGUUGCAAGAACUGGGUUGCCUGGAGGAGCCAGAGACGAUACAUGUGAAUCGGACCAUCGGUUAAAUGUUGUCAAGUUUGUAGCUGGUGGUGAAAAUUGUGCAUCAGAAAAGAGUAGUGACUCUGGUGUGAGUAGUUCGUCGUUGAGUUCGGCUCACCCGCACCGGCCCUGAGCGCGGCCUGGCGCGCCGGCGCUGGCGUAGGCGCUAGCGCGGGCGCGAGCGCACGCCGCGCUGUCGCCGCCCGCUGACCCCGCUGCCGCGGAGAAGGCACCGCCCGAAUGUAUAGACCUUAACGGGGACACCAACUGAAACUAGUUCCACUUUUGACUGUUAUUCGUAAGUUGACUCCAAAAUAAAUAUAGAAUAGACUUCUGGUACUUAAUUAUUGAAUGACAUUUUUUAAACUAUUCUUCGUCAAUGGGUAGUAUCUAGUAUCUAAGUAAUGACUAAAUUCUUCAAGACAUGUUUUGCAUUCAAAGACUGACGCUUUUUUAUCACCAUCUUUACCUUCACCAUCUUUUAUUUUUCUAUCAUGAUUUCAUUUAUUAUUUAGAAAAUACUUAAAUGGGCGGUGCCGAUAUUUGUUGAAUUCAAUGACAUCAUUUCUGGUGAAUUUCUCAUAGAUGUGGUUAUAAACAUGUUUAAGACAGUGUUUUAUUAUUAUAGAAUUUGCAAAAAAUAGAAUGGGCAAAAUGUUUAGAAAAUCAUUUUUUUGCCAAUUACACUGCUAUAGUUAAAUUGCUACACUACGUAAUAUCUAAAAUAAUUAGUUAAAUACAUGAUUCUUUUAACAAAUAAGAUCCUUCAUUGUGAUGCAUUUCUUUUUUAUUCAAUAUUACAUAAUAACCUCACCCAUGAGAAACCUAUCGCAGGAGAUAAAAUAUUUUGAUAAAAAUUGUUGAAAAUAUUAAUGUUUAUUGAAAUAUAUUGAAGAGCAAUAAAAUAUGAGCAAGAAAAAAAAGCUAUCAUGGCAACAGUUAUAAUUAAAAACGAAUAUAUGUAAUAUAAAUGACUUGCUUGUUACGAUUUCGAAAUAAAUUUUGAAAGCGCUUUUUUUAUCAUUCCUUUAAUAAAUGGCAUAUCAAUGACAGCGCCAAUUUCAGCUUUAGUUGAUUUAAAUCAUAUACUGUAGAUUGAAAAGUCUUAUGUUAGUUGUAGGUUCAUUGAUGUUAUUUACAAUGACCUUUUUCCAAUUUCUAUUGUAUGUAAGGCGUAAAUAAAUUGAAAUCAUUCUUGUUUUAAUUUCAAUAAUUUCUAGAUGAAAAUGAUAGGUAUGCCCAUUAUUUUUAAAUUUUAGUGUCUGAGCAUAAACACGCCUUAGUAGAUUAUAAUUUAAGUGCUGCAAAUUUAAUUGCUAUAUUUAAUUUAUAGUUAGGGCAAUAAGCCAGUAUAGAACUGGAGCGUUUAAAGCGCAACCCAAUAGCAAUAAUUGUAAAUAGUAUUAUAGGUAGGUUAAUUUUAUUGUAUGUUGAGAAGUUUUGUAAUUUUUUAAGAGAGCUUUAUGCGGUAUCCCGCAUGUAUAGUUAGAGUAUGUAGAUUUGGGUGUUAAAUUCUGAAUUUCGCUCAUAUCUUCCGAGUCAUGGUUUUGAUAUUCGACCUUUACGAUCCACACUUGUGACUGAGCUGAAACGUAAAAUUUUGGGCUGUCAAUUUUGCUUGUUUUAUUUUUUAUUUUUACGACUAUAUCAAAUACUUGAUAUCAGUUUUUCAUGUCUAGAAAUUUAUAUUUUAUAAUCAGAAAUAUUGUACAAUAAUUCACCAAUUUCGAAUUUUAUUAUUGAUAAACCAUCUAUGCCUUGUUAAUGACAUGUUCAUCUUGAUUUCGUUUAUGAAAGGGUUACUAUUUAUAAUCGAUGUCACCUAAGAAAUAUAUGUAAACAUUUCAUACUAAACCUAUGUAGAAUGACGCUCCAGAUUUUAAAGCAUACCCAAGUGGACACAUUUAUCUUUUAAAUGUGCUUUCUAUGUAAAUUAUGUAAAAAUUCUCCUUGCGACACUUUUUGACUACGAUUGUGAACUAGUCCAAAAUAAAUGUACAUAGAUAAAUGUUUGUUACUUGUAUAUUGUAGAUAGUAUAUAUUUCUUUAACAAUUAUUGUAUAUUCAAUAACGAAUUCUUUAAAAUUAAUGUUAUCAAAGUAAUUUAUUUAUAAUGUUUUUUUUUUCAAAUGCUCUGGAAGAUCACUGGAUAUGUUAAAAUAGAUUAUUUUAGAAUGGAUUAAUAAGAUACUUAAGCUGUACAUUUCACUCCUCCAUUUAAUUUUUUUAGCCAUAUUAUACUGCAGCAACUUUUUGUAGCCAUAUUUAUAUUUUUUUAAACAGACCUUACUUGUAAGUUUACAAAUCAAAUGUUUACAAACAUGGAUUCUAAAUAAAAAAAAAUCCUAAAAUAUC